AGCGCUUUUGGGACAAAGCAUUACCACUCGUCCGGCAGCUGUGUGCUCCGGUGCUUCAAACCAACCAGUGAAAAACGACAUCAACGUCCGACCCAUUUACAUAUUUCGGCUCGACGACGAAUGAUAAGAAUAUUCCCAUUUCAGUCCAUGAAUCGGUUUCAGUCCACGAGCCAAUCGGUGUUUUUAGACCGACUGGAAAGAGCCUCAUCCAAGAUUGCGAAAAGAAAAUCUUGGUAUAGGACUGGCUACAAUACGUGGUUUAACGCGCUCAACAAAAGAAUGAACUGGUGGUUUGGGUUCACCUUUUAUGUCACAGAACCUAUCGGGUGUUGUCCAACCGAAUGUAGAUCCGCCGAUCCAAUCGCGCCACCAUCCAGACCCUAUGCCACAAAAGACGGAAAGAUGCAACGUCUGCUGUACUCGAUGGGCGGUGGAACGAUCUAUACAAAGGUAACUGCGGCCUUCCUGGGAUGCCCAGCAGUAUUGGAAACAGGUACUGUCUGCUCCAAGGCACGUGCA